CAGGAAUUCACUUCACUUCCAACAAAUUCCCAAUUUCCCCUCUUUUCUCUGAUAAAAAUGGAAACCUCUCAGCAGCAGCCGCUCUCGAUCGAGAGCUUCUCCUACAGCUGGCUCGCCGCCAGCCUCAAACCCUCUCUCGAAACCCUACUGGACGCCGCCGCCGACGAGUACUCGGCCGCCUCCAGUUACAUCGAGAUGGACCCACGCAUGCCGCCGUCCAAGAGGUUCUUCCGCAGCUACUCCUCCUCCUCCGGCCACGACUUCAACUUCGGCUUCCCCGACCACUCGCCGCCGCCGAUGAACCACGCCGACGAGCUCUUCGCCGACGGCUACGUCGUGCCUUUCUUCCUCCGCAAGGCGGCGUCGUCGUCGAAUUCGGUUGGUUCCAGCCCGGUCUCGACCAUCGAGGACGGGCCGGUUCGGUCGGGCGGGGAAAAAACGCGGCGGUGCUCGUCGUUUAGGCGGGUUGUGGAGAAGUACUUGGAGCUUAUUGGGCCGCUGUUGGGCCGUUUAUCGGGCCGAAGAGGUGGUGGUGGUGGGCCCAGGAACCGGAGGUCGUUGAGCUCGAAGGGAGUUAUUAUUAGCAGUAACAUUAAUAAGUUAGCAAUGAAGAGGUGGUUGUCGUCCGGCAAGGCGUCGCCACGUGUCAGCGCGGCGUAUUCGGAUGAAGGGUGGCGGAGAUCGGCUUCGUCGUCGUCCUGUGAUUCCGAGAGCUCGAUUCGAGAGGCCGUCCUCCAUUGUAAAAGAUCAUUCGGGAAAUGAUGGGAUUUUUGAACAUGAAUCAAGUGGUAAAUUAGCAUAAGGAAGAGGAGGAGGAGGAGGAGAAAAGAACAAAUAAUGAUAUUGUCCACAUAUUAUAGAUGAAAAUCACAUGGGGGAAGGCUGGAAAUGAGAGGGAUAUAUCUCCACUUGUUUCUUUGUUCUUCUUCUUUCUCUCUUGGUGCCCAGCUGGUGGUAGGAGGGGAUAUGAGAGGUGUAAAUUUGUUGAUAGGAAAGGAAAGCUAGCCACAUGGUUUUUUUGUAAUGGUGAGGAAAAAGUGGAAAUUUUAUAGUUAAUUAGAAUUAUGGAGGAAUUAUAUAUAAAAAUAUAUAUUUUUUGAUCCUUGUAGACCAUCUUAUUGUGUAAGUUUUGGGUUAUACUUAGAUGUUAAUUUUUACAUAUAAAUUCAUAAUCGUGGAUGUUUUUCUGAUUCAUCUGUUUGCGUAGUGAAAGGCAAUUAACAAGGUCAAAUUAAAAAGGUCUUACUGAUCUACCUAUGUUGUCAGUUCCGCGCACAACUAAAAGAUGUAAACAUUCAAUUGAGAAUUUGAGGGAGUAUGUAUUUAGGGGUCAAAUAAAGAAGCAAUUGAGUAAUUAAAUUUUGAGCAAGUCAGAUAUUCUAGACGAUGGUACGUCAUAUCUUUACCAAUCAUGAUUUUGCGUCAAAAUCGUUGAAGGUAUCUAGUCUCAUAACCACCUUUAAUUAAUCUGUAUACCAUUUAAUGGUUAGUUUGACCAUAUUAUUCAUAGAAUUCAUUGAUUUAACUUAGGGUAAUGCCUAAUCGGAAUUCAAUUUCAACUCCAUCACCAUGGAAAUUAACUCGCGCCCCUCUUUGGGAUCCAAUCCUCGCCUCUUAACAUUCAAUGCCAUAUAAUUACUUCAUUAACCAAACCAAACGAGAAACUCUGCCUCGGAAUAAAUUAAACAACAAUCCACUUCAUAACAUUAUCCUUCGUCUCACUACCUCGAACUAAUUGUAGGUUUUGUUCGGGGCAACAUCCUGGGUAACAACUGUUUUGUAUGAUGAAAUAAUAAUAGGGUUUUAGAGGGUUCAACCUAACAUAUUGAUUCUUUGCAAAAAUGGAUGUGACGACAACAUUGGAGUGAUAUUUUUACGUUUUGUGAUAUUGGGUUCGAGUCUGCAGUGAAGAAAAAAACCCAUAUUUCUUCUCUUUCCUAGAUUGCAUAUGUAUAUGACCAAUCAAUUAAACUCCACCCAAUUGUUGUUCCCACCAUAGCCCUAAGUAGUUUUCGGGUGUAGAUAUUAUCAACUAUUUGGGCGUUUUGCUAUUUAGGAUGAGAAAGUAAUGGAGUGUGGAUCCCUCGGCCAUCAAUUAAACCUAACUUCCAACAUAAACUUUGAGACAAUAUUGCACUUAAUUAUUAGCUAUAUGUAUAUAGGGACACGCAAAGAUAUUAUUGUAUGUCUUAAUUAGUGACUAUGAACUCAUGUUGUUGUGCCCGCUGCCUUUCCAAGCAAUAUGGUAGCAUACGCCUCCUUUGUCCUUCAUAAUUAAGUGCAUAGGCAAUUACUCGUAAUUAAUGACUUGGCCAAAUACUAAAGCUCUAUAGCUUGCUAAUGAUCACACUUAUGGAUGGAUAAACAUCGAUCAAAGGCCAAUUAUUUAGAGCAAAAGUUAGGGAAGUGCUACCAAUUUGUCAAGACAAGGACCAUGCAUAUGAUUCUCGACACACUAAUAAUUAUGUGGCAGUGGACUAAUUUUUUUAUUAUUAUUAUCGUAUCUCGAUGUUCUUCUAAGACAGUACUGCUCGAUUUUGGUUAUUUUCGCACCUCGGGUUGGUGGCCAUUAGUGCUUUAUUAUACAAUAAUACAAUACAAUUGAAGUG